UCUGAGCGUGGCUUUGAAGACGCUUCUCCACCAACAUGAGCGGCCGAAGUCGGAAUCGAAAGUCGACCCGCACCAAAAGUCGGGCCAAAGCCCGCGCUAAAGCCCGAGUCCGUGCUGCUCCUGAUGACGCCCCUCACGAUCCGGACCAGCCACAGUGCCCGAGGCUCCGGGAGGAAACGGAGGAAACUGAGGCGGCACAGGUGCAGGCAGGCGCGGGGUGGGGUGGCCUGGAAACCGCUGCGCCCGUGCAGUUCCCCUACCCCCGGGAGGAGGGGGCCUGCCGGCUCCCCCUGGACUGUGGUCUCACCCUGCGGGCCCGAGUUGCAGAGGGUCGUGGGCAGGCCGGCGCAGGGAGGCCUCCAUCUCUCUCGGAGCGCCUGGGAAGAGACACUGCCUUCGUGGGAACCGUGGGAGCUGUGGCCAGGCUGAAAAAUGGCCCUCGGGUUGGAAAUAGGCGUGGCCCUGUUAGGAAGAAGGUUCCAGAAACCACCAGUGCGAUGGGAAGAGGGCCCCAGGCCAUAGCUGUUGGGAAGAUGAAGAUCGGGGCCCUGGGGGAGUGCGCCUCCAGUUUAGUGGUGGAGGCAAAGAAGGUGGAGGAGGAUGCAGGGUCAGGCCCCCAGGCCACUGAUGGCAGCACGGACACCCUGGAGACAGUCCAGCUAAAACUGGAGACCAUGAAUGCUCAGGCGAACAGGGCCUACCUUCGGCUCUCACGCAAGUUUGGGCAGUUGCGACUGCACCACUUAGAACGCAGAAACCUCCUCAUCCAGAAUAUCCCAGGCUUCUGGGGACAAGCUUUUCAGAACCACCCGCAGCUGUCAUCCUUCCUCAGCAGCCAAGAUAAAGAGGCACUCAGCUACUUGACCAGCUUGGAAGUGGAAGAACUUGGCCUCGCCAGAUUGGGCUACAAGAUCAAGUUCUACUUUGGGCGCAACCCGUAUUUCCAAAAUAAGGUGCUCAUCAAGGAAUACGGGUGUGACCCUUCGGGUCAGGUGGUGUCUCAUUCUACGCCUAUCCAAUGGCUCCCAGGCCAUGAUCUCCAGUCCCUAAGCCAUGGGAACCCAGACAACAGUUGUAGCUUCUUUGAGUGGUUUUCGAACCACAGCUCCAUUGAGUCUGACAAAAUUGUUGAGAUAAUUAAUGAGGAACUUUGGCCCAAUCCCCUGCAAUAUUACCUUAUGAGUGAAGGAACCCUUGGAGAGAAAGGAAAGGAGGUCAGGCGAAGUCCAGCAAGGCAGCCAACAGAAUCCUCUGAGGUAAACCAGACCAACUGA